AUGGUAUCUAGUGAGCAUAAUUUAGAACUUUGUAGAAGUCCUACAAGAGAUGAGGUGAAGGCAUUAGUGUUUGCUUUGAGUGGUAAGAGUGCAAGUGGUCCAGAUGGCUUCACUGGCUUUGUUAAGGGGAGAAGUAUAUUUGAAAACAUCUUAUUAACUCAGGAGAUUGUUACUGACAUAAGAUUAAGGGGAAAACCUGCCAAUGUAGUCAUCAAACUUGACAUGGAAAAGGCAUACGAUAGGGUGUCGUGGAAGUAUUCGAUGCAUGUGUUGAGGAAAAUGGGGUUUGCAGAAUGCUUCAUCAACAUUGUGUGGAAUCUACUUGCCAACAGCUGGUACUUAGUGCUGAUUAAUGGUCAAGUUUCAGGCUUUUUUCACUCAACAAGAGGUUUCAAACAAGAGGAUCCUCUGUCUCUAACAUUAUUCAUACUUUCGGCAGAAGUAUUGCCUAGGUCUUUGAAUAAGCUUUUUGAAGACAAGAGGUUUAAAGGCUUUGGCAUGCCUAAGUGGACUUAUCUAUUGAAUCAUUUAGCAUAUGCCGAUAACACUAUAAUCUUUGCUUCUGCUGACCCUUACUCUUUAGAAAAGAUUAUAGAAGUUUUGCCCAAGUAUGAGCACACUUUUGGCCAAAUGAUCAACAAGGCAAAGAGUUCUUUUAUAUGCAUGCUAAUGUGA